AUGCCCUCCAUCCUCGCCACGGCGAUCCAGUCAUCACUACUUAAGGGCACCGCAAACUUCACGGCGCAGAUCGUCAACCAGCACAGGCAGGCCGCCGGCGGGCCCCCGCUCGACGUGCGCCGCGUGCUUGAGUUCGCAACCUUUGGCUUCAUACAGGGCCACAUCAAUUACUGGUGGCAGCACUUCCUUGAAGACCAGUUCCCCAACUCGGCCAAAGGCCGGAGCAGAAAGGCAUCCAUUGUCGAGCCCAAGGUCGAGAAGCCGGAGAAGCCGGAGAAGCCGCUAUCAAAGAACUACUUCAAUGUCGCCCGCAAGAUCCUGGUCGACCAGACCAUUGGGCUUUUCAUGAUGAACUCGGCUUUUCUCAUAAUUACCUCUGCACUGCGUCUAGGGUUCUCGCCUUUGGUCUAUCAGAUUUGGAGUGAGAGGAUAUUUGACUUGAUUAAGGCGGCGUGGAAGUUCUGGCCGCUGGUGGCCCUUUUCAACUUUGCGCUGGUGCCUGUGGGGUAUAGGGCACUGGUUGAAAAGGUUGCAUCACAGCAUGGAGUUGGUUGGAUUCGGAAUGGUUAA